GGCGAACAUUAAAUGGUCAACCAUUACUCGACUUUCCAUUAUCAAGUAGCGAACCAGCAGUGGAUCCAAUGAGUAUUAAAAAAGCAACGCUGUGGGCAAGAGUUGAAAUAAAACAUCCGCAUCACUAUCAUCGCCAACAGAACUUGAAAAGCAAGAACAACAUUACGCUUUUCGUGUUCAAAGUGCGAUGUGGCAACAUAACGCACUUGCGUGGCAAGGAGCUGGACAAGCACCUGGAAAUGGAGACGCAGCUGGUGGUGAACAUCGGACAGCUCGGUUGGCUCAAAUUCGACGUGACGAGGGUGGUGUACAACUGGUACCAGACGUUCAACAACAAGGACAAGCUCACCCUCCUGGUCGACUGCUCGGGUUGUAAAGACUGGCACGUUCACGUGUCUACCUUCGGGGGUCGUUCGCCCCACGUUGUAGAGCCGUCUUUAAAUAGCAAAAGCGCGCAAGAUCCAGACCGGCCGUUUCUCGUCGUCAGGACGGAUCCCACGGCUGUGAAGAGAGUCAGGAGACGGGCCAUCGAGUGCGACGACGACGUCAAGGGGCAGUGCUGCAAGCAGCGCUUCUACGUGAGCUUCGCCCAGCUCGGUUGGGACGACUGGAUUAUCGCUCCCCAAGGGUACUACGCGAACUACUGCAGAGGCAACUGCGCCACGGGCCCGAGGACACCGGACACCUUUCCGAAUUAUUACACGCACGUGAUCGAGGAGUACCGUAGGAUGGACCGACUGGCCGGGAUGCAGCCGUGCUGCGCGCCCCUCAAAUUCUCGCCGAUGUCGCUCAUCUACUUUGGGCCGGACUCCAACAUAAUUAAGCGGGACCUGCCGAAAAUGGUCGUCGACGAGUGCGGCUGUCCCUAGACGUACGCACGGCAUCAGCAGCAGCCUCCCUCGCUCAACGGAUCAACACAACUAGAAGCGCUUUCACAACUCGAUUCUACUUCUUCUUCUUCGACUGUACUUCUUCUUCUUCUUAUUCGUAUUCGCUAAGCGAAUUGUUCUUCUUUUAAUUUUUCCCUCCCUCAUUCAUUAUUGAAUAUCAAGCAGAGAUUAGACACUCACACAGAGACGUGGUUUCUUCUCCUCUCUCGUAACCUGUCGCUGGAUCUAGGCGACAGAACAAAUAAUAACGCAAGCAAUACAUAUAGUUAGGAUCCCGAAAUAAAUUUAAACAAAUAAAACGUUGUAAAGCGUUUGCGACGAGUGCGAGGCAAAGCUAGACACAAGUAAAUCAGUCUUGAGUUAGUCUAAUAAAAUGACCGCGAAAG